UAUUUAAAUUAAACUCAAUUCUGCAAUUCCCAACAAUUCAAAUGGCUUCCAUGGCUUUCUCUACAACUUUCUUCACACCUCUUCAUGCCUCAACAACAUCAACCCCUUCUUCACAACCCUCUUUGCCUUUCAUCAAAUCCUCCUUUGCUUCCUCCAACUCACCCUUUUUCCAAAAUGUCUCGUUUUCCCUGCAAACCUCAUCCAAUCUUCCCAGGCCUCUCUUCAAGCCUCCCUCUUUCUCUGUCCAUGCAAGAGCAGCCACUGAAAAAACCAUUUAUGAGUUCACUGUCAAGGAUAUUGAUAAGAAGGAUGUUUCUUUAAGCAAAUUCAAGGGGAAGGUUCUCUUGAUUGUCAAUGUUGCUUCCAGAUGUGGUUUGACAUCAUCGAACUACUCAGAGCUGUCACACUUAUAUGAAAAGUAUAAAGAGAAAGGUUUGGAGAUUCUAGCUUUCCCCUGUAAUCAAUUUGGUUUUCAGGAGCCUGGAUCAAAUGAAGAGAUUAAGCAGUUUGCUUGCACUCGAUUUAAAGCAGAAUUUCCAAUUUUUGAUAAGGUUGAUGUAAAUGGACCAUUUACUGUUCCAGUAUACCAGUUUCUGAAAUCAAGUGCUGGAGGCUUUCUGGGUGAUGUAGUCAAGUGGAAUUUUGAGAAAUUCUUGAUUGAUAAAAAUGGUAAAGUUGUUGAAAGAUACCCACCGACAACCUCUCCUUUUCAGAUUGAGAAGGAUAUCCAGCAGUUACUUGCUGCAUGAGUGUGCAAAUCAGAAGACAGAAGGUAGAAGCUGUACCUGGGAGUGAAAACCGAUCGAUGUUUAUAAUUGCACAAGGAGUUAAAACUGAUGAUAAACAAUAUAUAUAGUUAUGUAAAUUUGUUUGCUGUCUUUACUAAUUUAUGUAUCAGUUCAAAGAAGAAAAAUUGUACCAUACCAGAGGGAAAUAGCUUAAAAGAUCCAAAGAUGAUGGUAGUUUUUCUUGGAAGAAAUCUCUGAAUAUUUAUGAGUUUGUUGUUAAUAUGAGACAAAUGAUAUGAACAUAUAUGAGAGGAGAGAAAAAUACAUAUCACGGGGGAAAGAAAAAUGUAAGAGAUAUUUUUUUCUUUUGAAGUUUCUUUGUGAUUAAUUACACAUUUUGUGUAACAAUUCGGAUUGUUUUCUGUAUCA